AUGCAGAGAGUACACAACAAACCCACUGCUCCAAUCGGAAAAUCUCCGCCGGCGGCGAUUAAGCACCAUUUGAUCAAACACAGCAACGGAGGAGUAACGGCGGAGGAUAUGCAGGAGCCGAGCAUCGAGACUGAUAAGCUCAGCUACGAGAUUUUCUCGAUUCUCGAAAGCAAGUUCCUUUUCGGGUACGACGACGACCCGAAGCUCAUGGAAUCCCGGAGCCGAGACCCGAGCCCGGAGCAGGAAACGAUGGUGGAAGCUUUAAACGGCGUCGUUCCGGGAUCGAUUAAGAACCAGAGAGGGAAAAUCUGUAUUCUGAGCAUCGACGGCGGCGGAAUGAGAGGGAUUAUCCCCGGAAAAGCUUUGGCGUAUCUAGAACACGCCCUGAAAUCGAAAUCCGGUGACCCGAACGCGCGAAUCGCCGAUUACUUCGACGUCGCUUCCGGCUCCGGAAUCGGCGGGAUUUUCACGGCGAUGCUAUUCGCGUCGAGCGACGGUGACCGUCCGAUGUUCAAGGCGGAGGACACGUGGCGGUUCCUAGCGAAAAACGGCAAAAGCUUCUACAAAUCACCACCUAAAGGGAUCCUAAACCGGGUGAUGAAAACCGGGUCCGGUUCGAAGCUCGAGAAAACCAUGAAAGACUCGUUCGCUGAGCUCACGCUCAAGGACACGCUUAAACCGGUGCUGAUUCCUUGCUACGACCUCACGAGCUCCGCACCGUUCCUUUUCUCGCGCGCCGACGCGUUGGAAACGGACGGCUACGAUUUCAAGCUGUGGGAGGUUUGUAAAGCCACGUGGGCUGAGCCGGGAGUGUUCGAGCCGGUUGAGAUGAGUUCGGUGGAUGGUAAAACGCGGUGCGUUGCGGUUGACGGUGGUUUAGCGAUGAGCAAUCCAACGGCUGCAGCGAUCACACACGUGCUGCAUAACAAACAAGAGUUUCCGUUCGUUAGAGGCGUUGAGGAUUUGCUUGUGUUGUCUCUUGGAACAGGACAGUUGGUUGAUGUGAAGUAUGAUUGUGACAAGGUUAUGAAGUGGAAGGCUAAGCAUUGGGCUCGACCCGCGGUGAGGAUUUCUGCUGAUGGCUCGGCUGAUACUGUGGACCAGGCUGUUUCCAUGGCCUUUGGUCAGUCCCGGAGCAGUAACUACGUCCGUAUUCAGGCGAAUGGGUCAAGUUUUGGUCCGUGUAGACCGAACAUAGACACAGACGCGAGUCCAAGUAAUGUGAAUAUGCUUGUGGGAGUAGCGGAGGAGAUGCUGAAGCAGAAGAAUGUGGAGUCGGUUCUGUUUGGUGGUAAGAAGAUCAAUGAAGAAAGUAACUAUGAGAAGCUGGAUUGGUUAGCCGGUGAGCUAGUGCUUGAGCAUCAGAGGAGGAGUUGUAGAAUCGCUCCCACUGUUGUGUUUAAGCGAUCCGGUGAAAGAAGAAGUGAUCAGGAGACGGUUUUUAAGGAUAUUGAUUGUAUGUUUUGA